AUGGGAUUCUUUGCCAAACUCUUUCGCCGCAAAGGCGGCAGUUCCAACAAUGACGAGAACGGGGAUCCCCGUUCCUUGCGUCGGGCACGCAAGUCCGUCAAGCCCACGGCGUUGCCGUCGUCUCCCGAAGACGACCACGGAGCCCCGGGUCCCGACGACGCACUCGUCCCCAGCAGUCCCCGCACCGCCGCCGCCACGACACCUCCCGGUCGACAUCGACCCGACGAAACGCACGGAUCGCAACGUCCGUCGACCGGCAAUCGUCACGAUCGGAUCGUCCUCGGGCCCCGUAACGCCGAGGCGUCGCCCGCUGAGUCCAACGGGAGCUCCGGAACAGGACAGCCGAUCGGGAAAUACUCCGGACCCGUGGAUCUCGACGAUACCGACGUGGAAACCGCCGACGAGUCCAACGAGCGGCUGUCCCGAGCGCAUCUGGAACAGUUCGAUCUACUGCAGGAACUCACGGGAGAAACGUACCGUAGCAGCAGCAACAACAAUAGCACCAAGCUCGACGACAACAUCAAUUUGGCGCACUUUCCAACAUUCAACAUGACGGAACCCGCGACGACACGCUUUUCCGCCGGCUCCGACACUCUCGUGGACGGCAUGGACGACGCCCGCAGUGAUGCCGAAUCGAGCACCUUUAACGUCAGUACGGACGCCGAAGAUACGGAAUACGAGUCGCUCCGCCGGAGUGGCGUCCUACCCAAGCACUUGCUCGUCAACAGGAAGGUCGCGAAUCUUUCUCUCGACGAAGACACCUCCGCCGUACAGACCGAUGGAGAAACCUCCCUCUUUCCUAAUUUGCUCACGGACGACGAAAGCAAUCUGACGGAUUCUUCCUUUAGCCCACAACGCAAGCUCGUCAAUCUCAAGAAAACUCCCGCAUCAAGUUCGCGAAUGCAGAUUGUCCCGGUCAUGUCCAAGGAAACGAGUCCGACGAGUCCCAACAGCAACAACGACAGCCACACCUCCAUGUCCUCGUCGUGGAAAAGCCCCCGCACCAACGGUGACGACGGAUUUGGGUCGAGUACGGUGGUUUCCUUUCCCAAUACCUAUUCGGGGAGUACACAGACUACCGCUAGCACGUCUCCACGUGUCUUGGACACCGCCAAAAGUGCCGACCACACGUCCGACUUUGCUGUGGAUCCGUUUGCGGAUUUUGCCGAUUUCAGUCAAGCCGAUUUCAACGGGCAACAGCAGGAAGAAACGCGGCAGAAUAAUCAGAUUUCUCCUGUGAUGAACAAGACCCCGCGACUGUUGGAAGACAGCACUUCGCUCACCGACUUGCUCAGUAAGGCAAAGUCCAAAUCGCGUUCGCGUAAAUCGGGUGACUCCGUCAAUUCGGCGCCUGCCAUGAGUUCGGCCUUGGUACGCGAUCACUACAGCUUGUCGCGUACCAAAAGCUCGAGCCGGACAACGAGCAAAUACUCGGGCACCGAAGUCCGCUCCUCACAUGAAUCCGGCGCAUCAGUUUCGGAUAUUAUCAAAAACCUCGAAGCCACACAACCCACACCAAAUUCUCGUCGCUACCGUGGGGAUGCCAUGUCGGCGCAUUCGCGGGAUGCGUCGACCUCGAUCCGGUCUACUAAGGAACGCAUACGGGCUCGUCGCCGGGGCAACUCGCGGCGAACCUCGAACGCUGAUUCCGACGAAGAUUCCGACGGAGACAAGGAUAACGACCGCUGGUUGUUCGACGAAGUCGCUGGGGCUCUGGGUCCGCGCGGCAUUGCCGCGGAUCUCGAAUCCCUCUCCGGUCGCUCCAAUCGCUCGCGUUCGUCAGGAGGCGCACGCUCACACAAGUCGCACCGUUCACAUCGAUCACGCUCCUCACGCCGUCUCCUAAAGGGUUCCGGCGAAUCGGUGGAAUCUCACGGCUCGAGGCGGUCCCGCAGUUCCCGACACUCGCGCUACUCAACCCGCUCGUACAUGUCUCAGAUGUCGGAACAAUCCCGGAGCGUCGCCAACGACUUAUUACGACUCGAAAUGCAGCUCGCUAUGGUGGGCGAAGGUUCGGCCACCGAGGACGCUGCCACAAGGCAUUCCAACGGUUCGAAUCCUCGUCGCCCCGCUCCAUCAGCCUCACCGCGCCGGCCUCUGGCCAAUACGGCGGCGCCCCGCCGAAGCAGAGUCACCGUGACGGCGCCGGCCGGAAAACUCGGCAUCAUUCUCGCCAACAGGUCCGAUGCCAAGGGAACGAUUGUCUCGGGCGUCCGGACAUCCUCGGUCCUCGUGGAAAAAGUCUCCCCCGGCGAUCGCAUCGUCGCCAUUGACGGAGAGGAUGUGUCCCUCAUGGCGGUGUCUGAGAUUACCACCAUAAUGGCACGCAAGUCCGACUUUGAACGGAGCCUGACUGUUUUAACGACCCCACGGGCCAUCAGCGCGGCCAUCGAUUCGGAAGCAGCCUCUGCAUCGUUUCAACAACGGUACAAUCGCAAUUAAUCGUGGUGGCUUU